UGCCAACAAUUUAAGUAUGAGCAGUAGUAGUAGUAGUUAUUGUUCAUCCACAAGUAAUAAGCGUGCAAGAAGAAAAAAGCCUUUAUUAUUAUCAGCAACGUCUAAUUAUAAUAAUAUCCCCGAGGAUGUGUUAUUAAGCAGCAUAUUCAUUCGGUUACGAGCCAAACAGCUUGCUCGAAUGAGGUCCCUCUCUAAAACCUGGAACUAUGUCUUGUCCCAUCCCUCCUUUAUCCAAUCUCAUCUCGACCGUAACAAUAAUGACGAAGAAAUCCUUGUGGUCUUUUACAGUGGUGAUUUCACACCCGGGGAGCCAUUCACUGCCCACCCCUCUACAUCUCCUUGUGAAGACCUCACUAACCUAAUCAAACCCCCUGAUGCACCUGGAUGCAACACUGUUAUUGGCUCGGUUCAUGGCUUGAUAUGCUUUGCUAGUUUCGGAUUCCAUCCUCAUUCCCUUCGCAUCUGGAACCCUUCUCUCUUAGCCAUGAUCGCUCCCCCACCACCAUACACUUGUCAUACCGAUAUACACGACCCAGAAUAUGCUUACGAUUUUAGGUUCGGAUAUGAUCCCAAAACUAGUGACUAUAAAGUUGUCAAGAUAACAUACACUGUUGAUAGUCUAGAUAUGAUUGAAGAACUGAUCCAUCCUGUAGAGGUGUAUAGUAUGCGAAUGGAUUCAUGGAAGCAAUUGACCAAUAGCUGCAACUUUCCAUCCCAUAUUACAUGUAUGUGCGACCCCAAUGAAGUUUAUGUGGAUGGAUAUGAUGGCCAUGUAUGUUCAUUGGCUUUGUUAUAUUGAUACCGACUGCAUGCUCUAAACCAUUUUGGCAUUUGAUUUGAAUCUCGAAACUUUUAGUGAGAUAUUGCUUCCAGACUGUGUACAAAAAAGCAAUAAUCGAGACAUUGC